AUGAGCGAUAGCACCGGGUCUUCCCCAUUUUUGGAGCGGCCGAUGUCGCCUGAUAGUACGCAAAGACAUGCUGUUUCUCUCAAAUACAGGAUGAAUGCAAUGCAGAAUGAGUUCGAAAUCGAGAAGUUAUCAUUACAGCGAGAACUAUCAACCCUGGACAAAAAGUAUAGAACUAACUUGGACGAGCUUGAGAAAGCAUUAGGCGAUACGAAAUAUCUUUAUGACACAAAUACCGAGCUUGAAAGUAAAGUUAAAGCUUUGGAGGAACAACUUUCAGAGCUCAAAACAACGCAGGAUACACAAAGCUUUAUCUUAAGGCAGAAGUUGGCCGAGAAGGAAAGGGACAUUGAGCAGCUCCGAUCGGAGUCGCGGUCCAAGGUGUCAGAACUUGAGAAUAAAUAUCAAAAUUCCAAGAUUGAGUCUGAAAGUAGUAAAUCACUGCUUAAAAGAUAUGAGGAAGAAAUUGAGUCCCAGAAUCGCCAAUUAAAAGAGCUACAAUCGGCUGUCGCGCAACGUGACGAUGAAAUAGCAAGUAUUAAAGCUUCCAGGGUUGUUAUGGCCCACCACAACUACUCAACAGAGGAGCUGGCAGAGCUCACAACCCUUAAUAAUCUGCUUGAAGAGCAGAUAAAGUUUUCUAAAACCCUCGAGAAGGCGAACUUAGAACAAGCAAAUGAGCUUAAAAAGCUUCGCGUUUCUCGGGACUCUUACCAGUUUCUAUUAUCAGAAAACGAAAGACUAAAGACCAGACAGGAACAACAGGGACCGCUGGAAAGACAAGUCCAGGACUUGGAACUUGAAAAUAUCAACCUGCAGUCUCAGCUUUCUUUUUGGAAUAGUUUCAGCACUUCUAAAGACGAGGGUACCAAAACAAGGCCUGAGGAGAUAGUUAAAGAGUGGACAUUACUGAAGCAUGAAAAUCUUGGAUUAGUCAACACUAACUCAAAACUGCAACUUGACAUCAAUAAUGUCAAGGUUCUAAACGAUGAGCUUGCGCUUGAGCGUAAUCAGCUCCUGGAAAUAAACAAGAACUAUGAAACAAGCAUACUUAAUCUCAAAAAGCUGAAUUACGAAAUCGAGCAGCAAAAGUUGUUGUCUUUUGAAGAGUGCAAAAUCCUGCGGAACCAGCUUGACAAUCUUUUGCCUAUAGAAGACAACCCUGAAGACCAUAACAAAGAGAAUGCUGGUUCAUUGGGAGAUUUAGUUGAAAAUUAUAAAAACAAGACCGAAGAUCUCACUAACGAACUUAAGAGACUCAACGAAGAACUGAUGACUAGGGGAGAUGCUGUGUCAUCUUUCAAAAAGCGUAAGACAAGUGAUGAUAUCGCUCUGAACUAUUCUCAGCGCUUGAAUGAAUUACAACUUGAAAACGUGGAUCUCAAUCGCAAACUCACAGCUUCCUUGGAGACCAUCGCUAUGCUUGAAACAAAGGUCACAAAACUCCGGCAGUUGGAUCAAAAGAAACUGCGCAUCAUGCAAUUAAGAGACAACCCCUUCUCUAAAGACCAACUGGUAAAAAGGAAACAGCUUGAUCUACUUCUAAAGGAAAAUAAAGAUCUUCUUGCCGGGGGAGCUAUUUCUCAUCAACAUUCGGUCCCCAGAUCUCUUUACGAUAGGCUUGAGUUUGACGUCAAGCAGUUGGAAAAUGAGAUUUUCAAACUGAACAAAAAAACAACUCGGCUAAGGGAGGUUUUCAACCGAAAAUCACUUGAAUUUAUUGAAGUUGUGAAUUCCCUUUUAGGGUUCAAAAUGGAAUUUCAAUCUGACGGUAAAGUUAAGAUGAUCUCUUGCUACAAGCCCGAAAAAUACUUGGUGGCAGACUUACACCAUAACUCCUUAAAAUCUAACUUACAAUCUGAUAUUGAUAGCUGGGAUGCUCUUCUAGAGGAAUUUGUAGUCAAAAGAGGUCAAAUGCCAGGUUUUUUGGCGAGCGUAACAUUGCAGCUUUGGGAAAAACAACAAAAGAGCUUAGACUGA